AUUACGGGUGUUGCGUAAACCUACAAAAUAUAUAUAAUAAGCUUUUCCUUAGACUAAAACUCUCGCAACCGAAUCCCCAAUCCAACAGGUUUUCUUUCACAAUUUUCAAUUGCACAUACUCUGCUCGUAGUUCCUAUGCUUAGAGAGAUUUUCCUCAAACUAACUAGAUGCAGUGCUUGAUAAGUGCUUGUGGAAAACGCUGAUCAAAAAAUUAAAUCAUACAAAAUUAAUUCUCAAUCGUGAUAGUUUUCCAAAAAAUAACAAAAUACAAAGUAAUUUAAAAUGAAAAUGAUUCCGGCAAAUGUGGAGGAACAAUAUCGGAGGUUCCCCGACAUGGAUAAACAAGAUGUCCUCAAAUUGAAGCAAUGGGUUCAACAACAGCCGCAUAUGCCGAAUUUCAAUGAAUUAGAAGUGAUCCUUUUCUUUCAUGCCUGUCAUUAUAGCAUGGAAUUGACGAAACGUACAAUUGAAACAAAUCUUUCCAUUCGAACGCAUUGUCCUGAGUUUUUCCAAAAUUUAGAUAUCGAACGGUCCGAAUUGAAGAGGGCAAUGAACACAGUUGCAAUUUUACCACUUCCAAAAUCAACGCCAGAAGGCUAUAGAGUUAUAAUUGGAAGACUAGCCGAUACGGAUACUUCGAAGUUUAAUUUUGCUGAUAUAAUGAAAUUCUACUGCAUGAUUUUCGAUUUAUGGAUCACUGAAGGUGGCAUCGAACAAGGACACAUACUUGUCAUGGACUUGAAAGGUGUUACCUUGGGUCAUGUUGCACGUUUGGGAUUGCUGACAAUGAAAAAGUUUUUGGUUUACCUUCAAGAAGCAGCAGCAAUUCGUUUAGUUGGUUUUCAUUUCAUCAAUAUCGUACCAUUUAUCGAUAAAGUCUUAGCUUUGAUGAAUCCAUUUAUGAAAAAAGAAUUACAGGCAAUGAUCCAGUUGCAUAGUAAUAUGGAGACAUUUUAUAAAUAUGUUCCCAAAGAUGUUCUACCAUCUGAUUAUGGAGGCCUAGAUGUAGAUAGUAAUGAAAUUAAAAAUGCUGUUUAUAAAAAGCAAAUUACAAAUCGAGAAUUUAUGAUGGAUCUUGAGAAGCGUCAUCAAAUAAAUGAAAAACUUCGACCCGGAAAACCAAAAGAUGCAUCUGAUUUAUUUGGCGUCGAGGGAAAUUUCAAAAAAUUGGAAUUCGAUUAAGAAAGUUAAAUGAUUGAUGUAUUUUGCUGUAAAUGAAGUUGUGUUAUGGUGCAGGCGUAUUUUUGUUUAUUUCAAUUUUUGUUUAAAUAUUGAAAGUGUCGUUUUAAAUAAAAUGUAAGAUAUUUUAAAUAAAGAACUGUUUUUGUAUGAAAAAAAGAAAGAGAAUUUCGAUU